AUGUCAGAUCGGUCCAAUGACACCAACCAUCAACGGCUAUUUUACUGGCCAUACCAUGUGAACCAUCGCAACGGUCACAUUUUUGUUCUAUACGCUCCCAAUCUCUCAUCCUAUAAAUUUCCCAACACCAACGUUUCUCACAAGACACAUAAACACGACCGCUUAGAUUUUCAACAUUGUUGUAACUAUUUUUCCGACAUUCAUCCUCAGAAUGCUCCGGUUUCUUCUCCUAAGUCACCGGUUUCUCUACCGCCGGCAAAAUCACCGUCUACGGUCUCGGUUUCUCCGGUACAGUCUCCCACGGCUUCUAAAGCAUCAUCCCCUGCAAAGUCUCCGACUUUAUCUCCGCCUUCACAAACUCCAGCGAUUUCUCCAUCUGGGUCUACCUCUACCCCACCGCCGGCGAAGUCUCCGACUGUUCAGCCACCGUCUUCAGUUUCCCCGGCUAUCAGCCCAUCCACCAAUGUGUCUUCGCCACCGGUUCCGUCCCCAGCAACUCCUCCGCCAACUGCAGCGGUGGCUCCGGUAAGUAGUCCUGUUGAGGCUCCAUCGUUGACAGAGGGUCCAUCAGUUUCUUCUCCACCAGAGGCUUCUUCUUCAGGAGGAAUCCCUUCUAGUUCGGCUACUCCGGCAGAUUCACCGGCAACACUUCCGUCUAGCAAAUCGCCGCCUGGAACUGCACCGUCGAGUUCUUCGCCGGAGACUUCUUCUCCGGGUCCUAUCGGCGAUGAUUCGGGUUCAUGGUCGAUUUCCGGGGCUCCGGUUGUUUUUGGUGGCGUGGCUCUUUGGGUUGCCUUGUCAUUUUGA